GUCCUGACUGCACCCCCCUGGAGACGCCCCCCUCCCCCCCCUGCGCCCCCUCCCCCUGUCUGAACGGGGGCACCUGCCGCCAGCUGGGGGAGGGGUCCUUCGACUGCGCCUGCCUGCCCGGUUUUGAGGGUCCCACCUGCGAGACCAACGUGGACGACUGCCCCGGGCACAAGUGUCUCCACGGGGGCACCUGCGUGGAUGGGGUCAACACCUACAACUGCCAGUGCCCACCCGAGUGGACGGGCCAAUUCUGCACCGAAGACGUGGACGAGUGCCAACUGCAACCCAACGCCUGCCACAACGGUGGCACCUGCUUCAACACCCAAGGUGGCCACACCUGCGUCUGCGUCAACGGUUGGACGGGCGAAAGCUGCAGCGAGAACAUCGACGACUGCGCCACCGCCGUCUGCUUCAACGGGGCCACCUGCCACGACCGCGUCGCCUCCUUCUACUGCGCCUGCCCCAUGGGCAAGACGGGCCUGCUGUGCCACCUGGACGACGCCUGCGUCAGCAACCCGUGCCACGAGGACGCCAUCUGCGACACCAACCCCGUCAACGGCCGCGCCAUCUGCACCUGCCCCCCCGGCUUCACCGGCGGCGCCUGCGACCAGGACGUCGACGAGUGCUCCAUAGGCGCCAACCCCUGCGAGCACUUUGGGCGCUGCGUCAACACCCAGGGCUCCUUCGAGUGCCGCUGCGGGCGGGGCUACGCGGGGCCGCGCUGCGAGAGCGACGUCAACGAGUGCCUCUCGGGUCCCUGCCGCAACCAGGCCACCUGCCUGGACCGCAUCGGGCGCUUCACCUGCAUCUGCAUGGCCGGGUUCAGUGGGCCCCUGUGCGAGCUGGAGGUGGACGAGUGCCAGAGCAGCCCCUGCGCCAACGGCGGCCGCUGCCACGACCUGGUCAACGGCUUCUCCUGCUCCUGCCCCCCCGGUUUCUCGGGCCCCACCUGCCAGACGGACAUGGAUGAGUGUGCCAGCACCCCCUGCCGCAAUGGAGCCAAGUGCCUCGACCGUCCCAAUGGCUACGAGUGCCGCUGCGCUGAGGGCUUCGAAGGUCCUCUUUGCGAACGCAACGUGGACGACUGCUCGCCGGACCCGUGCCACCACGGCACCUGCCUGGACGGCAUCGCCAGCUUCUCCUGCGCCUGCGCUCCCGGCUUCACCGGUUACCGCUGCGAGCUCCAGCUGGACGAGUGCCAGAGCGGCCCCUGCCGCAACGGCGGCAAAUGCAUCGACCGCAUCGACGCCUACCAGUGCAACUGCCCACCCGGCACCGCCGGUGUCAACUGCGAGGUGAACCCCGAUGACUGCGCCAGCGACCCCUGCGUCCACGGCGUGUGCCAGGACGGCAUCGACCGCUACGACUGCGUCUGCCAGCCUGGCUUCACAGGUCCCCGCUGCAACGUGGAGGUCAACGAAUGCGCCUCCAACCCCUGCCGCGACGGUGGCACCUGCGUGGACGGCGCCAACGGCUUCACCUGCCUCUGCCCGCCGGGCACCCGCGACGCCCAGUGCCGCCCCGGCACCCUGCCCUGCCACAGCAGCCCCUGCGCCCACGGCACCUGCCGCGACCACGGGGACGGGUUCACCUGCGAGUGCCAGGCGGGCUGGGGGGGCCCCACGUGUGCCCGCAGGGAGGACCCCUGUGCCACCCGACCCUGCCGCCACGGGGGCACCUGCACCCCCUUGGGUGGGGGGUACCGCUGCGCCUGCCGCCCGGGAUACCAGGGCGCCCAGUGCCAGGUGGAGGUGGACGAGUGCGCCUCGGGGCCGUGCCACCACGGGGGCACCUGCCUGGAUGGCGCUGGCACCUACCGCUGCCUCUGCGCCCCACCCUUCACAGGGCGGGCGUGCGAGGUGGCGCUGGCCCCCUGCUCCCCCAACCCCUGUGACAACGGCGGCGUCUGCGUCCCCACCCCUGACUACGGGGGCUUCACCUGCCGCUGCCCCCCCGGCUGGCAAGGCGAGCGCUGCCAGGAGGACGUGGACGAGUGCGGGCAGAGCCCCUGCCUGCACGGGGGGGUCUGCGCCAACCGCCCCGGCACCUUUGGGUGCCUCUGCCCCCACGGCUAUGGGGGGGGCACCUGCCAGCACGACCUCGAUGACUGCCACCCCGACCCCUGCCUGAACGGGGGCACCUGCCGGGACGGGGUGGGGACCUUCUCCUGCGUCUGUCCCCCCGGAUUCGGGGGUCCCCGCUGUGACACCGAGGAGGACGAGUGCAGGAGCCGCCCCUGUCGCAACGGUGGCACCUGCACCGACUACGUCAACAGCUUCACCUGCGCCUGUCCCCCCGGCUGGACCGGCCGCCACUGCCAGCACGACGUCCCCGACUGCACCGACAGCUCCUGCUUCAACGGGGGGACCUGCGUGGACGGCGUCGCCUCCUUCACGUGCCGCUGCCGCCCCGGCUUCACGGGCACCCACUGCCAGCACCCAGCGGAUGGGUGCCAGGGCCAGCCCUGCCUGCAGGGUGGCACCUGCGUCACCACUGGGGACACCUACCGCUGCCUCUGCCCGCCGGGAUACACCGGCACCCAGUGCCAGACCCUGCUGGACCUGUGCCAGGGGGCACCCUGCCGCCACGGGGGGCUGUGCCGGCAGACGGGUGCCUCCGUCUCCCUGCCUCUGUCCCCCCCCGGUGGCUACGGGGGUCCCUACUGCCAGACCCCCCCCCGACCGCUUGCCUGCCAAAACCCCUGCCGGCGCGGCGCCGCGUGCCGCAGUUACGGGGGGGGCUACGAGUGCGAGUGCCCGCCGGGCUACGUGGGCCGGGAGUGCCAGCUGGAGGUGGACGAGUGCCAGUCGCAGCCCUGCCAGAACGGGGGCACGUGCCUCGACCUCGUGGGACGCUACCUCUGCUCCUGCCCCCCCGGCACCCUGGGUGUCCUCUGCGAGAUCAACGAGGACGACUGUGGCCCCCCCCGCCUGGUGGCACCCAGGCACCCCAAGUGCCUCCACAACGGGACCUGCCUGGACGGGGUGGGGGGGUACGGCUGCGCCUGCCCCCCCGGCUACACGGGUGCCCGCUGCGAGGGGGACAUCAACGAGUGUCACACAGCGCGCCCCUGCCACCCACCCGGCACCCUGCAUGGCGUGCAGGGUGCCAACACCUACCGCUGCCUCUGCCAGCCCGGCUUCACCGGUGGGUGCUGCUGGGGGGGGGGCUUCGCCGGCACCCACUGCGAGAACCGACCCCCCUCCUGCCUGGACCUUCCCUGCACCCACGGGGGCACCUGCCUGCCCUCCCCCACCGGCCCCCGCUGCCGCUGCCCCCCCGGUUUCGGGGGACCCCGAUGUCACCCCCUCGACGUCACCAACGUCACCUGUCCCCCCGACGUCUGCCUCCGCGGUGGCACCUGCCUCCCCUCCCCCCGCCCCCCCCUUCACCCGCUGUUUGUGCCCCCCGGUUUGGGGGGUCCCCCAUGUCAAGGGGGUCCCCCAAACCCCCCCGCGCCGGAAUGCGAAGUGGGGUGCGGGGGGAAAGCGGGUGACGGGGUUUGUCACCGGGAGUGUAACACCCCCGGGUGUCAGUGGGACGGGGGGGACUGUUCCCUCUUGGUGGGGGACCCUUGGGGACAUUGUGGGGUCCCCGAGUGUCCCCCCCUUUUUAACAACAGCCGCUGCGACCGGGGCUGCGACAGCCCCCGCUGCCUCUACGACAACUUCGACUGCCGCUCCCCGCCCCGCGCCUGCAACCCCGUCUACGAGCAGUACUGCUCCGACCACUUCGCCGACGGGCGUUGCGACCAAGGGUGCAACAGCGAAGAGUGCGGUUGGGACGGGUUGGAUUGCGCCCAGGAGGUCCCCGAGGCGUUGGCCCGAGGGGUGCUGGUGGUCACCGUCCUGCUGCCCCCCGAGGAGCUGCGUCGGACCAGCGCCGCCUUCCUCCAGCGGCUCAGCGCUAUCCUGCGCACUUCCCUGCGGUUCCGGCUCGAUAACGAUGGCAACUACAUGAUCCAACCCUAUUAUCGACCUCAACGGCUGCGGAGGAGGGAGGUGGCCCCGGAGGUCAUCGGCUCGGUGGUGACACUGGAGAUCGACAACCGCCUGUGCGCGCAGGCAUCCGACAAGUGCUUCCCCGACACCCGCAGCGCCGCCGACUACCUGGCCGCCCUCUCCGCCCUGGAGCGUCUCCAGUUCCCCUACCCCAUCAAGGCCGUGCGCGGUGACAAGCUGCCCGAGGCGCCGGACCCGGUGCGGCUGCUGCCGCUGGUGGUGGUGGGGGGCGUCAUCCUGCUGGCCAUCGCGGUGCUGGGGGUGCUGGUGGCCCGGCGCAGGCGGGAGCAGAGCACCCUUUGGUUCCCCGAGGGCUUCAGCCUGGCCAAGGACAGCAACAGGGACCGGCGGGAGCCCGUGGGGCAGGACGCCCUGGGCAUGAAGACCAUGGGGAAGGGGGAGACCCUCAUGGGUGAACCCUCGGAGGAGUGGCUGGACGGCGACUGCCCCGAGGCCAAGAGGCUCAAGGUGGAGGAGGCGGGCGCAGAGCCCCAGGACCCCGUGGACUGCCGGCAGUGGACCCAGCACCACCUGGUCGCCGCCGACAUCCGCAUGCCACCCGCCAUGGCCCUGACGCCGCCCCAGGGCGAGUUCGACUCCGACUGCAUGGACGUCAACGUCCGUGGGCCAGAUGGCUUCACACCACUGAUGCUGGCCUCCUUCUGCGGGGGCAGCCUGGAGGCCGAGGUGGCCGAGGAUGAGGAGGGUGACGACGCCUCAGCUGGCAUCAUCGGUGACCUCAUCUGCCAGGGUGCCAGCCUGGGCGCCCAGACGGACCGCACGGGCGAGACCGCCCUGCACCUCGCCGCCCGCUACGCCCGCGCCGACGCCGCCAAGCGCCUGCUGGACGCCGGCGCCGACACCAACGCCCAGGACAACACGGGGCGCACGCCGCUGCACGCCGCCGUCACCGCCGAUGCCCAGGGCGUCUUCCAGAUCCUGAUCCGUAACCGCUCCACGGACCUGGACGCCCGCAUGGGUGACGGCUCCACCGCCCUCAUCCUGGCGGCCCGGCUGGCGGUGGAGGGGAUGGUGGAGGAGCUGAUCGCCUGCCACGCCGACGUCAACGCCGUCGAUGAGACCGGGAAGUCGGCCCUGCACUGGGCCGCCGCCGUCAACAACAUGGAGGCGACUCUGGCGCUGCUGAAGAACGGGGCCAACAAGGACAUGCAGGACAGCAAGGAGGAGACCCCCCUCUUUCUGGCCGCCCGCGAAGGCAGCUACGAAGCCGCCAAAAUCCUCCUGGAUCAUUUCGCCAACCGGGAAAUCACGGAUCACCUGGAUCGGCUCCCGCGGGACGUCGGCCGCGAACGGAUGCACCACGAUAUCGUCCGUCUCUUGGACGAGUAUAACACGGGGCGCAGCCCCCCGGGAUCGCUGCCCCCCAAUUCCGCUUUUCCCCCUCUCUUGGGUCCCCCCACUUCUUUUUUAACCGGGCUUAAACCUCCCGGCGGCGGGAAAAAGAACCGGCGCUUGGGGGGUAAAACGGGGGGGCCCAAAGGGCGGGGUAAAAAAUUGGGGGGCGAGGGUCCCCCGGGGUUGGAGAGCUCAGUGACGUUGUCACCCGUCGACUCCCUGGACUCCCCGUACGUCCCCAACCCCGCGUCACCCGGGCUCUUCCCCCCCCGGGGUUGGACACCCCCUUUACCGUCACCUUGGGGCCACCCAUGGGUGUCGGGCGAUUAUCGGGGGGUCCCCCCCCCCGUUUAGGGUUGGGUUUGGGGACGGUGACGGUCCCCUUUGAGUGGAGGAAUCGGGUCCCCCCGGGAACCCCCUGUAAUGCGCCUUUAGGGGGGGUGCACCCCGUUUUACACCCCCCCGCUCAAGCUUUCCCCCCCACCUUGCUCCUGCCCCACGGC